UUGACGUUUCAAGGUUACAGAUGUCAAAAUCAUAACCUGAUCUGAUUGAGUGUUGAUAACGUUGAUUAAAACAAUUAGAAAUUAGUUUUGAAAUUAAUAAAAUUUCACCACCCUCAUAGCUAAAGAUGAGUUAUGAAGGGGAUACAACCUCACAGGGAGCCAAUUUAGGAGAAAGUUCAAGAUUUGUUAGACAAGGAUCCUUGAGAAAAGUAAUACCAGGCGAACAUAAUAAUGAAAAUUUGUUUCUAAAAAACAAAGGAGAACUGGGCAAAAUUUACAAAAAUAUACGUUUGGAGUAUAUAAUUCUAGCUGAAUAUAAAUCAGCAAUAAGCGAAAAUAUACAAGGUGUCUAUGUAAUUCCAUCAAGGGAUAAUUUCUUAGUUUGGUUUGGAAUAAUUUUCAUCAGAAAAGGACCAUAUGAAGAAGGGGUAUUUCGAUUCGAUUUAAUUCUUGACCAAGAAUUUCCUGACACACCCAAACUUCCUGUUGUACGCUUUCAAUCGAAAAUGUUCCAUCCUGCUGUAAAUAUAGCAACCAAUGAAUUGAACCUGUCAACAGCAUUUACAAAAUGGGUUAAAACAGACAAUCAUAUUUGGCAAGUUUUGAAAUAUGUUCAGUGGAUAUUCCAUAACGUAGAAGGCAGCUUACCACAUGCUGUUAAUGAAGAAGCUGCGACAUUAUUCAAAGACAACAAGGAAGAGUUUCUGAGCAGAACAAGAAGCGUAGUUAAGGAAAGCUUGGAACGUCUUUAUGAUGAUCCUCCUACAGAAGAUAAACAUUACAUCAGCUUCGAAGUGUACAACCCAAAUAUACACGAGUCUACAACAGCACAACUUUUAACGCAAAAACAUAAAGAACUUUCUAAAUAUCGAAAAUCGUGGGUUUUGCCUGGAAGUAUCAAACCUUUGAGUAGACCUCCUACACCAGAUUCUGAAAAAGAGUCAUGACAUCAGUCCUCACAUUUCAUUUUAUUGGACAGAUUAAAAAGUUUUAACGUUAGUAUAACUAUGUUGAAUAUUAAUCAAUUGAUGACUUUCUAUUCAUAACUUUUUCUAAUUUUGUGGCAAAUUCAUUCAUUCUGCCACACCUUGAAGAACAAAAUCGUGCGGGAAUAUAUCAGUUUCACAUAGAUUUAAUGGUUAUAUUUCAUUAUUAUAUGUUGGUACUUGAAACUCUACUAUCACGGAUUUAUCUUUCAUCUGUCAAAUUUGUGAUACAGAAAACAGUUCUGCCAACCAACAGUUUUCAAUGCAAAAUUCACUAAACGAUAUUUAUGGAAAUGUUCCAUUAAUUUCACUUAAAUCCAAUGAAUUAGAGAAAAUGAAGUAUAUCACUCGUUCGUUCAAAAACUCGCCACUUCGUGGCUCUUGAAUUUUGAACUUGUGGAAGAAUAUCAAUACCUUCUGCACUUGUAUUAUAAAUAACUAUUCCCUCCUUGCUCCAUGUUCCUAAGCCGUCCAAAGACAAAUAAAGUUUUAAAUCCUUAUGGAAAGAAGAAGGAUCAUCAAAGUUAUAUUCUAAAUUUUCAAUGUUAAUGAACUUUAUGAUAAUGUAAAUACUAUAUUAUUUAUACCUUUAACUAUUCUAUAUACAUAAUAAAACUGCUCGCUGAAAACCAAUUUAUAUAAUAUAUACAUAUCAAUCAUAUUCCUUCUUCAAUCUCAAGCAAUAAUUGUAAAGUAAUUGUAAUCAUCGACUAUUUUUAUAGAAUGGAGUGUUUCGAUGUAAAACAAUUGAAAGUGAAAAUAAACACUUAACAUAUUGUAGUAUAUUCGAAUAAAUAUCAAAAACA